AUGACUGUCAGCGAUCCUAAAGAUGUCUUAAAGACCGUCAACCUUAUCACACAGUGCUUGUGUAUCCCGAUCGUCAGUCUCUUUGUGAUUCUACGAUUCUCAAUCCGUACAUAUUACAAACAAUGGGUGGGGGUGGAGGAUUGGUCUUGUUUGUCGGCAUGGAUUUUGUUCAUGGGAUAUUGUGCCACAUCCAUGCUGGUGGGAAAAUAUGGUGGAGGAUACCAUAUCGAUGAUGUCUCGACUGCAAACCAGAUCCUUUUUCGCAAGUUCUGCUACAUUGCCACCGUGCUCUACUGCCCCAUGGCCCUCCUGGUCAAAGUCGCUCUCCUCUCCAUCUUGAUUCGCAUUUUCGCUCCUUAUCGCACCAAGGUUCUCAUGAUUUACUUCUUCCUCGGCUGUCUGUGCAUAUACUAUGUAAUCGCUGAGAUCGUGAAAAUUCGGAUGUGUGAUCCCAUCUCAGGAUACUGGACUGGCAGUCCUAACGCCCGCUGUUUAAACCAGCGCGCCGCACUGAUUGCCGAUUCGGUCAUAAGUGUGGUUUCCGACCUAAUUAUCCUCAUUCUGCCUCUUCCCUUGACCUGGUCCUUGCAAAUGUCCCGCAGCAAGAAACUGCGGGUCAUUGGUAUGCUUUCUGCCGGUGGACUUGCCACUGCAUUUAGUCUCUAUCGCUUGGUCUUGGUGGUUCAAGAUGGCAGUUCGAGAGAUCAAACCAUCGUGUUCACCUGUGUCAUCCUGUCGGGAAACGCAGAAGGAGGCGUCGCCUUGAUCUGCGCCUGUCUUCCUACAAUCAACAUCCUUAUCAACAAGCUCUGGAAGAAGGGCUACUACAGUUCCGAGCGAUAUGAGCCUAAUUCUUCUAUGCAAUUGAGCAAGAUGAAGAACGGAGGCAGUAAACGAUUUUCCAUGGGCACGUCGCGGCGGGCCGAUGGGCUCGAAUCUGCUUCGGAUCAGAGUCACCUCAUUACCUUUGCGGGUGGGCUGGAUCUGGCCUCCAGUGCGGAAACAGGUGGCAUCCAGAAGACGAUUGAUGUAUCACAAACGGUGGAGGUCGUGGUGAAUAGGUAG